GGGGUAUAAAUGUAACCGAAACCAGGCGAACAGUUAGCACCAAUUUUUGAAUAGAAGGAGGAGGACGUCUCUGAGCAACAGGUCCAACAGUCUCUUCUGCUUGUCCGUCAUCUUUGAACUUUGUGUGGACGUGUUCUCUGAGCUUCUUUUUCGUCUCAGCUUUGCUUCAAGCCGGUGUAGCUUGAAGAUCUGGUGCAGAGUGACAUGGCCUCGUCAUCAGACUGUCACCGUAAAAUAAAGGAAGAGAGGGAUGAUGACCUUAAACUUUCGACUGGUCACUCCCACAUCUUCACUGUGAAAUUUAAAAACAAAGAGAAAAAACACACCGUACUCUGUGAGAGUCUGUGCACAGUGCUGGACGCGAUGAAAUCCAAUGAAAAAAUUAGACAGAAGAUCACUUGUCCAGAUGAAAACAUUGUGAUUCAGAGAGGCACAGGAGAUAAUGAGUGUACCAUAGCCACACAUUUCCCCUGUACUUUGCUCGAAAUGAAUGAGAACCUACUAGUGUUAAUGGAUAAUAAAAUCAUCGAAAGAAAAACCAAAGAGGAUCUACCUAUACGCCCAGAGGAAGAAUAUGCCAUCUUCUUCAUUGACAAAGAUUUUGGACGAAAUGCCAAAACAAAGCCGCUCUUCAGAAGCAAUGCUCUCAAAAAUUCAAAGUACGUCUGUAUUUACGGAGACAAAGAGAUAACUGUGGUAGAAGCUCUGCAAAAAGAUGGUCGCUUUGUUAAUGAUUUUGACAGUUUCUAUCUGGAAGACAUUGAUAAAAAGGAACAUACGUACGACUGUACGAUGAAAAUUAUGGUUUUACAUGGGAAUAAAUUCAAGAUAUGCAUGGAGAGGAUGAAAAAGGAAGCAGAGGGAGCAAAGGGCAGUGACAACCUGCAGGAAACCCCAGGAGCACAUCAGAAAGGAGUCAGUGUGAUAAGAGCAGGGGAAAGGACAAACGACGACAACACAGAGGAGAUUCGUCAAAUACUGUGUGACCAGUUUCCACAGCUGAGAGCACUUAUGGAGAAAAGAGUCCGUCAAAGACCUUUUGAGGAGCUGCUGGAAUUGAAGAAGGAAAAUUUUGGAAAAAUCCAACAAUCAUUCAGCGAAGUUCACAGAGUCAGAGAGCUGCUGAAACUGAGCAAAUCAGUGUGUAAGAUUGUGGUUUAUGGCAUUUGUGAGGGCACUGGCUUUGUCCUGUUUGACGACUUAAUCCUGACCAAUGCACAUUUAUUUGACAAAGUACAGCCAGAAAAUCACGUACCAGUCUAUGCCCUAUUUGACUUUGAACUACCCCAGCCAGAAACAGAUUACUGCGGAUUCUCGUGUGAGAAAGAAUUUAUCGACAUUGACAAAGAGCUAGAUUAUGCCGUACUUAAACUCUGUCCAGGAGGCGAAAGAUCAAAAUCUCAAAGUAAAAAGAGCGUUGUGAUACCACCAGGACUCCUGAAGAAGUUUGGUCCAGUACCUGAGAAUGGUGAAGCCUGUAUCAUCGGACACCCACAAGGAGACAUUAAAAAAAUGGAUCCAACAUGUAUCAUUGAGGAGGAGGAAAGGAUCAAAGAGAUCAAUGAGCACGUGAGUCAGUACAAAGACACCGUAUUCAUUAUCCAGUCAGUCGUGCAUGAGCUCAAAAACCAAGGCAUUGAAAACAUACUGAAGGGUGGAGCUGCAGCAGACAAAUGUGUGACCUACAACACUUUCAUGUAUCAUGGCUCUUCUGGCUCCCCAGUGUUUGAUCAGUCGUGUCAAGUUUUCGGUUUGCACACGGCAGGAUACACCUACACAUGGCCAAAGGGCUCUGGAGAGAGCGUGAUUGAGUAUGCCCUUCCUCUGCUUCACAUAUUCAACAAGUUUGUGAGCAAUCUGAGGGAGAAGAACAAUGAGACGCUGUUGGAGAGAAUCACUGAAGAAGCAAAAGGAAACCAGCACCUAAAAGACAUCUAGAUCUCCGUCAUACACCUGAGCCCAUGCACACCAAUUAGGUGAUCGGACCAGAGGUUCCUCAGCCAAACACAUCUGGCUGCAUAGGUUAUCGUUUUCAUGUUCAAAAAAAAAAACGCCGCGCUGUGUGACCCACAGAGUCGGGACGCAAACAUGGAUCACUGAGUUUUUUGGGGGGUAAAGAUUUAUGCAGUGUUCGAAUUACGUGGGAGCCAAUGGGAGCUGGGCGCCCAUGAAAAGGGGUUGGGCUUCCAUGAAGGUAGUUGAAUCGUACAUCUGGGGGGGUCAUUAGAAAUAUAACCAAAAACUAUUUUGCCUUUGCCUUUUUCUCUGGCCUGCACUAAACACACGCCAUUUUUUUCACACUUACUCGUUUUCUCUUUUGUACAAACCAGAAAAUCUGGUCCCUACCAGUCCGAACUUACGCCCUUGCCAAAAAAACACUUUUAAUUGUUAUUAUUUUAUUAUUUUAAUCACAAACAAUGCAGUUGUCAAUGUAAAGAGUAUGAUUUACAUAAACGAGAUACACAAUUCGAACCCUGAAUUUUGGUAUAGAUGUAAUUCUAGUUAGUUAGUUCGUUGGUUAGUUAGUUUGCUCUUGUCAUAAUUGAUGCUGUGAUGUAGUUGAUAAUAGUUUGUCAUUUUUAACAAGUGGGUCCCCAUAUAUAAAGUUUGGGACACUAAUGUAAUCACCUACAAAAAUGAAAGAAAUUCAAAAAAAUUUGUUUUUUUAUCAUUGACUUUGUAUCAGCUUGUAUUAUAAUCAUUAUUAUUAUUACACAUUAAAGAGCUUUGUUGUGAUUUUGUUUUUUGUAGCACGGGUGAUCAUAGUCUGUAUGUGGAGAGAAGCCAUUUUAGUAGUGCCUGAAACCUGUGUUCUCUUGAAUUACCACCAGGGGGCGAUUCCAUGGGUUUGUGUGUAUGUUUCAAUCAAUGAGCCUACGUCUCAUUUCAUUUAUGAUGCUUUUUAGACUCAUUUAUGAGCCUAUUUUCCAAAAGAGAUAAGAGUAUGUUAAUGUAAAAAAAUAAAUAAACCAGAAAUGAAAUAAAAGUUACACCCAAAAAACA